AUGAGGAAUGCAUGAGGCUUCUGUUGGAUUACCAGUACAGUGACUUCACUAUUAUCUGCGGUAACCAAAGCUUUCCAGCUCACAAGGCAGUGGUCUGUCCUCAGUCCAGAUUCUUCACGAAGGUACUGAACGGCUUCGUGGUUCGUGUUCUUAUAUCCUACGCAUCGAAUGUCAUGGCUAAUACCGCAAAGGAAGCUCGAUCCAACACAAUCAACCUUCCAGACCAUCCUCUUGCUGUGCGAAUGAUGCUAGAAUUUCUUUACAAGUCUGAUUACGGUUUUCAUAUGGAGUAUAACUUCCCCAGCUCGGACUUUUCGGAAGGUAUAGGUCCACCCGAGGAUGCGAUCGGUAUGCUCUCCUAGAUCGAUAGUAUAGAGGUUGUACUGAAAUCAUCGUUUGCAAGAUCGUCU